AUCUCUCUCUGCAUAUAUAUAUGUAGUGUAAAAUAGAUAUUACUCUGUUACUGACCUUUCCCUAUGAAAAAAGGAUUUUUUUAGGGACAAAAGGCAAAAUAGAUGGACAACAAUGACAUAUAUAGGGGAUGUCCAGGACAAAAAUCAGGUCUUAGUCUUGUUUGGUUGCUCACUAGUGUCCUCUUUGUGUGAGCUAGCUUUAUAAGUUUUUCAAACACCCCCACACCAAUAUCACUCUAAGCCAAAACAAUUUCAUAUACAUAUAUAUGUAAGAGUUUUGGGUACUUCUCUCUUCAAUUUCCGACUUCAUAUCUUGCAGAUACCCAUUUCAGGAUUCAUCUAGGAAAACUGAACUCUUGAAUCUUUUCAGUCCAAACAAAGGGAAUAAUCAAUCAAUGGAGGGAAGGUAUGAUUUGUACAGGCAAUCAAUGAGGAAUGAGGAAUUCCAAGAAGAAGAUGUUUGGGCUGUUUGGAAGGAAAGAAAGCAUUUCAAUUCCCAGAUUGGUACAUCCUCCUCUACUAGUAUUGCUCCUAGGCGCCUCCCAACUGCUGCCAAAAUGAUACCAAGAGCCAUCAAUCAAGAACAACCCAAAAUGGUCCAGCAAUCAGCACCAGUCCAUAUACCAGACUGGUCAAAGAUUUAUGGCGCCAACAACUCAAAAAAAGCCUCCAAGGAUGCCCCAUGGCAUGAUGAUGAUAACCAUGAUCAUGAUGAUGAUGAUGGUAAUGUCAUAAAAGAUAGCUGGGAGAGUGGUGAUGAUGAUGAUGAUGAUGAUGGUUAUGAUGGUAAUAUGAUGCCCCCACAUGAGUGGAUUGCCAAGAAGCUUGCAAGGAGUCAGAUUUCCUCUUUCUCUGUGUGUGAAGGAGCUGGGAGGACUCUCAAAGGAAGAGAUCUCAGUAGGGUGAGGAAUGCUGUCUUAACCAAAACUGGUUUUCUUGAAUAACAUUUUCAUCAUCAUCAUCAUCAUCAUCAUUUUCAUUCAUUAGGUACCAUGAUGGUGAUAUACACCUUAUCAUCAAAAUGAUUGGUAAUGUGAUAGUGAAAAAUGGGCUCAGAGCAAUCAUGGUGAUUUUGAUUAUUCUGUACUAAUUUGAUGCUCUGUACCCUCUCUCUCUCUCUCUCUCUACAUAUAUAUAUAAUAUAUAUAUAUAUAUAUAUAUAUAUAUAAGAGGGGGAUUUUAUUGCCAUAAUAUGUAUAUGGAUUUGUGACUAGACUUUAUGAUUUAUGAUCUCUUGUUUA